AUGGCCCUCACAUUUAUAAAAUUUUUAACACUAUUUCUGUCAAUCACAAUUUUCGUUUCAAUUACUCUCCCUGCAAAUUCUGCAUCCUCUGAUCUUGACAAGCGUUUUCUUCAAUGCUUUUCCUUAAAAUAUCCAAACUCAUCAACUGCAGAAGUAGUAUUGACCAAGAAUAGCACUUCAUAUGAAUCCCUUUUGCAAUCUUCCAUAAGGAACCUCAGAUUCUUGGGAAGUUCAAUUCCAAAACCUGACAUCAUUGUUGCCCCAAAAGAACAAUCCCAUAUACAAGUAGCAAUACUGUGUUCAAGGUUACUUGGCAUGCAAGUAAGAGUGAGAAGUGGAGGGCAUGACUAUGAGGGCCUUUCAUAUGCAUCUGAUUCUGAUGAUGUUCCAUUCCUAAUCAUUGAUCUCAUCAAUCUUAGGUCCAUAAAUAUUGACAUGGAAGAAGAGAGUGCUUGGGUUGAGGCAGGUGCUACACUUGGAGAACUCUAUUAUUCAAUUGCAAAGGCAAGCAAUGUCCAUGGAUUCCCAGCUGGUAGUUGCCCCUCCGUUGGUGUGGGAGGCCACUUGAGUGGCGGUGGCUUCGGAACCAUUUUCAGAAAAUACGGUCUGGCUGCCGAUCGGGUAAUUGAUGCGCGGAUGGUAGAUGCGAAUGGGAGGAUACUGAUGAACAGAACUUUAAUGGGUGAUGACCUGUUUUGGGCCAUAAGAGGAGGAGGAGGAUCAAGUUUUGGAGUGAUCACUGCAUGGAAAGUGAAGCUUGUUCAAGUUCCUGAAACAGUGACAAUUUUCAAUGUUCCAAAAACACUAGAUAAGGAUAAUGCUGUUGCUACCACCAACCUUUUCCUUAAAUGGCAAACCAUUGCUGACAAGGUUCCGAAAGAACUUUUCUUGCACUCAGUUAUGAGUGUCACAAAUUCAUCCUAUGGUGGAAAAACAUUGCAAAUUUCAUUCACAGGGUUGUAUCUUGGAACAGCAGAAAAUCUUCUACCAUUGAUGCAGAACAAGUUCUCAGAACUGGAUUUGCAUUAUGUUAACUUCACUGAGAUGAGUUGGAUCCAAUCAGUUCUUUACUUUGCAGGCUAUUCAAUCAAUGAUCACUUAGAAGUGUUGCUUUUGAGAAACCAAACAUCCCAAAGCUUCAAAGCAAAAUCAGAUUAUGUAACUGAGGCAAUUCCCAAGGAAGGUUUAGAGGGUUUAUGGAACAUGUUACUUGAAGAGAAGAAUCCAAUAUUGAUUCUAACACCUUAUGGUGGGAGAAUGAGUGAGAUUUCAGGAACAGAAACACCAUUUCCACAUAGAAAUGGGAGCAUAUAUGGGAUUCAAUAUUUGGUAUAUUGGGAUUCAAAUGAAGAAACAGAAAAACAUGUGGAUUGGAUGAGAAGGGUGUAUGAAUACAUGAGAGCUUAUGUUUCAAAGGGUCCUAGAGCUGCAUAUUUGAAUUAUAGGGACCUUGACUUAGGAAUCAACAGAGACAACACAACAUAUGAAGAAGCAAAAUCUUGGGGCUUGAAAUAUUUUAAGUUUAAUUUUGAAAAGUUGGCAAUAAUAAAGGCUCAAGUUGAUCCUGCCAACUUUUUCAGGAAUCAGCAGUCCAUUCCACCUUUUAACUAG